CCUCCUGCACCUGUCACUGUGAUCCAAGCACUCGAUAAUCAUCCUCUCCCACACAUCGAUUUUUCUGCGAGCAGCUUGUCAGCCCUGACGUCCAGCUGCACACCGUUCACACAGUUAGCCACAGCACGCUACAUCCGAGCAAUACUCACAAGCUGCAGCCAUGACGGAUCCAAGACUACGGCAAAUAAAGAUCAAAACUGGAAUCGUUAAGAGGCUGGCCAAGGAGGAGAACAUGUACAAAACCGAGGCGAAGCAGCAGGAGGAGAAGGUUGAGCGGCUGAAGGCAGAGGCAGGAGAUGAGUAUGUCAUCAAGAAACAGAUGGAGGUGUUGCAGGAAUCCAAAAUGAUGAUCCCAGACUGUCACCACCGUCUGGUCAAAGCGCACGCUGAUCUGCUUCAGUUAUUAGAAACAGAAGAGGAUCUGAGCGAAUCAGAGGAGUACAAAGAAGCUAGAAACAUGUUGGACUCAGUGAAGCUUGAAGGAUGAUUUCUGAUCUGUUUUCUGUUCUCACUGUGAGGUUCACUUUCUCCCAACAUCCAUUCCUUUGGUCAGGCCCUGUUUGUAGCCUGCAGCCAAUCACAGUGUCUCUUCUUCAUGUAAUUAUUUCAACUGUAAACGUGCCACCACACUUUGUUCGUACCUGUCCUGUGUGUGUGAAAUCCCAUAAGAAGACGAUCAAACAUUCAGUUUAUUACAGAGUGCAAGGCUUUUUCCUACUGACACACAGUCUGGGCUUCAGAGGCAGGAUUAAAAACACACAUUUGUCUGGUGUCUUUUCUGCAGUUACCACCAUCACUGUAAACGCUGUGGCUCCACCGCUCGGGUGAUUUGAAGCCUUUUUUGCACUGGUCACUAUAGUAGACAGUGAAAACCCUGCAGUUCACCAUGGAAACUCCAGUGUUUUAUGAAGUGAGUUUUAGAUUUUUGCAUUUCUUGUAGGUGUGUCUGAGUUCCUAUUUAAGCCUGUAGGACAUUACAUCCCACAAUACUAACCAGAGCUGCAGUUAUUGAUUAUUUUCGAUUGUUUGCAAAAUGCCAAAAAAAAAACCCCAAAAAAACAACUUUUCCUGAGCUGGCACUGUGUGUUUAAAACAAAAAUGUUCAACUGCAAGUGGUAUAAAACAGCUGAAAUGCAGCAAGUGAUCACAUUUGGCUUUUUUCUUUCUUUUGAAGAAACUCUUGUAAUUUUCUUUCAGUCGACCAAUCAUUAAUAAACCGAUGAUUCCAACAGCAA